AUGGCAGCAUCAACCCCUCCUUCGGUGAUUCCCUUGGUCAUCAAUGGAAAGGAAGAGCUUACUCCCUCAACGUUUGACGUGAUUAGCCCUUACACGAACAACAAAUGCUGGGCUGCGGCGUCUGCCUCUCCUCAAGACGCUGUUCGCGCAGUUGAAGCUGCUGAAGCUGCUUUCCCAGCAUGGUCGCAAACCAAACCGGUUGUCCGACGAGAUAUUUUGCUUAGGGCUGCGGAUCUUCUCGACAGUAGACUUGAGAAAAAUGCCGAAUUUAUGCGAACAGAAAUGGGUGCAGAUGCAGGCGCAUCGCAGUUUUUCGUUGUUCCCCUGGCAAUUCGCAUGCUGAGGGAGGUCGCUAGCCGCAUCACUUCGAUUUGCGGAAGUGUGCCUGUUGUAGAGGAGGAGGGGCAGAGCGCAAUUAUCUAUAAAGAGGCCAUGGGUGUUAUCUUGGGUAUUGUACCAUGGAACGCACCGUAUGUGUUCGGUGUUCGAUCUGCUGCUUGCGCCCUUGCUGCCGGCAAUACAACGAUCUUAAAGUCAUCUGAGCUCACACCGUGCUGUUACUGGGCACUGACCCGUGCCUUUCAGGACGCCGGGCUACCAGAUGGAUGCCUUAAUCUAGUGGCGUGUCGACCUCAGGAUGCAGCCGAGGUGGUUAACGCUAUGAUCGAACACCCUGCCGUGAAGAAGAUCAACUUCACUGGAAGCACGGCUGUGGGCCGAAAGAUUGCUCGGGCUUGUGGGCAGAACCUAAAGCCCUGCCUGAUGGAACUAGGCGGAAAGAACAGCUCGAUUGUGUGUGCGGAUGCGAAUAUUGAAACGGCCGUCAAGUCUGUAGUAGGCGGAGCCUAUUUGAAUUCGGGCCAAAUUUGCAUGGCUACAGAUCGAAUUCUUGUGCACUCAUCAAUCGCGCCUGCUUUCGUUGAUGCCCUAAAGGGAGCCCUCCAAUCAAUGUCCGACCCUUCGUCUCAGCCUCCAACACUAGUAAAUGUUGCGUCAAAGGCACGCGUUCAGCGCCUUAUCGAGGGAGCCAUCGAGGCUGGGGCCCAUGUCAUCCACGGGUCCGUAGCUGCAGAAUCCGACGCAGCGCAACUCGACUCAGGAGUCCGCAUGCCACCUGUCCUCCUAGGUGGGGUAAAGGAAGACAUGACCGUAUGGCAGGAGGAAGCCUUCGCCUCUUUGGCAGCAUGCAUGGUUGUUGACAGCGACGACGAAGCUAUCCGGAUUGCGAAUAGCAGUGGGUAUGGAUUGUCUGCAGCGGUCUUCACCGAAGAUCUGCGAAAGGGCCUAGCCAUGGCUAGGAAGAUUCAGUCUGGUGCUGUGCAUAUCAACAGCAUGACGAUCCACGACGAGCCGGUAUUGCCACAUGGAGGUGUCAAGAAUAGUGGUUGGGGGAGAUUCAAUGCGUCCGCAGGCCUGGAAGAAUUUCUUGUGACGAAGAGUGUGACUUGGAUGGACUAA